ACGGAGUUUGUAUCUUCAAGGUUCUCGUUGCGAUUUUGUUGAUCACAUAGGUUAAGUGUCGCACUACUUCUCCCCAUAAAUAACUUGGAACGUCCAUAUGUUUCAUAAUGCUUCUAGUCAUUUCCAUUAGAGUUCGAUUGCGUCUCUGCACAACUCCGUUUUUCUGUGGCGAGUAGGGAGCUGUUAGAUGGCGUUUGAUACCAGGAUCAUCACAGAAGAAUAGAAACUCUUGAACAUAACUCUCCACCUUUAUCAGUUUGAAAAGUUUUGAUGUUGCUUCCUAUUUAUUGUUCCACAAGUUUCUUAAACACUUUAAACUUCUUGAAGGCUUCUCCUUUCUCUUGCAACAAAAUUGUCUACAUCUAGCGUGUGUGAUCAUCAAUCAACAGAAACACAUAUCGUUUUCUAGCUGAUGUUUAGGGUGUUAUUGGUCCGCAAAGGUCUCCAUGAAUGAGCUCAAGAGCAUGACUCGUGUGGUAUUGGGUUUCUUUGGGAAAAUUUUGUCUUUUUUGCUUACCCAACAGACAUGAUGCACAAGUUUCAUUCUCAAUAGACAUAUUAGGUAAGCCACUCACGAUCUUUUUAUUCAUCAUAGUCCUCAUGGUUUCUACCCCAACAUGUCUGAGUCUUGCGUGCCAAGUAGCAGAAUCACCAAGUUUUGCAAGUAGAAAACAUCUUGUGUCAUUAAUGUCUACAGUUACCUUGUACAAAUGAUCUUUGGCCUGAUUUCUUUCACCAAUAGGUUUCCGUCUUGAUUGUACAGUGUGAGAGAAUUUUCUUUCAUUCUAAGAUUGCACCCAGACUCUGUAGCUUGACCUAAGAUGAUGAUAUUAUUCUUUAAAUCCGGUAUGAAGUAGACAUCAGCCAGAACUUUUCGCUUACCAUCCUUGCAUAUGAACAUAAUUGAUCCCUUUCCUUUGAUGUCUAUUCGAGAAUCAUCUACAAACCUCACCUUUCCUGUGAUCUUCUCGUCAAGUUUGCAAAAAUAACGCCGAUUUCCACACAUACGAUUACUUGCACCAUUGUCUAAGUACCAUAUGUUAUCUCUAUCAGUAUGAUUCUUGAACUUGCUUGGCUGUACCUUCUCUUCGUUGAGGUACACGACCUCAUUUAUCAUCAGAUCCUCUGCUUCAUGUGUACUUUCAUCUUCAUUCUCUUGUAUUUCUUGCAAUUUAAGUAACCGGUCUGGACAAUUUUACGCAUAAUGACCAGUUUUAUCGCAUCGAUAACAUAUUACUCCUGAUGUGUCUCUUCCAUCCUUCCAGUCUCUUUGGUUAAUCCACCGUCCACGCCCCCUUCCUCUGUUGGCAUAUCGUCCACCUCGUCCUCUUCCUCUUUUAUAGCUCUCUUGAGUGGGUUGAGAAUCCAUGUUAGCGUAUAUAAGCUUUCCUUGAUCAUCUUGUUGAUCUUCUUCUUGAAUUCUUUCUUCUUAUGCUUUCAUUCUACCAACGAUGUCUUCAAAGGUUUUGGUAUUGAGAUUUAGAACAUGUUAUAGAGCUGCUAUAAUGUGAAUGUAUUUCUUUCUCGGGAGACUACUGGAAAACUUCUUCACAAGUUUGGGCUCCUCUAUGUUUUCUCCCAAAGAAGAUGAUUUUAACGACAUCUCCGAGAGCUUUGCGGAGAAAUCAUCAAUGGUGUAUGUAUCCUUCAUCUUCAAGCGGCUAAAGUCCUCCAUUAACAUCUGUAACCUAGCUUCUAGAACUCUAUCAGCUCCCACAUGUCUUGCUUUGAUUGAUUCCCAUACUUCCUCUGGGGUAUCAAGAUUACCAACCUGUAGAAUGAGGGCUUCUAUAAUGGAUUGGAACAAAAGUGCUCGAGCCAUGUCGUUUUUAUCUCCAUCAUCAACUCCCGGCUCGAUUGUCUCCCACACUUUAUGCACCUUGGGUGCUACUUUCAUAUGCAUGCUACAUACCGUAUAGUUUGUGGUAGUGAGCAUUGGAUAUUUAAUGGUCGAUGAACCACUCUCCCUUGGUUGGUUGAUCGUCGCGACCAAAUCCUUGUCUCCCAUGCUUUGUUUUUCUCAAAAACUUCAAUCCUCUUCUCUCGAAUUUUUAAGAUUUCAAUAGAAAGUUCUGAUACCAAUUAUUGAAAUCAAAGACACUUAUAUCCAAGAGUAAUAACACACAAAUCUUUAUUGCUUAAGGAACUUAACUCAAAACUUAAUCUUACAAACUCAAACUCAUAAGUUAUGCUACAUCAUAUCAUCUCUUUAUAUAACACAUAUUGUUUCCUAAACUCAUUAGGAUAAACAUCUUUAAGAUAACACUAAAUCUUUUACUAAUCUUAAACUCAUUAGGAAACUUAUAUCCUAAGUUAUCUCAAGCUGGUCAACAGUUUUUGAUAGGAUAAAGAAUAUAUGAAGAUCGACAAAAUGGGCUUUUAUGUAUCAAAUGAUACCAAUACUACAUUGUACAUGUUGUUUGCUUGAUUCUUUUGUUAAAGAUGCACACGCAUAAAUAUGGAAACUAUGAUUGGUUAUACUAUUUCAGCUUUACUCACUAGAGAAAAACUUCAACUUCUACUACACCACCACUGUAUGUUAGAGCACUUCCAUCGUGGAUAUGAAGAAGUGGGGAAUCUCAAAAUAUUUAAACAUUUAAAAAGGAAAAGCAAAUGCAAAACUAGCCAAAAGUAUCUUAAUCCAGAACUUUUCUAAACUUCUCCAAAACUCCAUUUGCUUGCUUGUCUGUUUUUCAUUGGUGCUAUAUUUUCCUUUAAAUUUAAAUUGUAGUUAUUUAAUAAAUAAUAAUAAUAUGUUAGUCAGAUAUUCACUUUAAAAAUUCAACCGAUAAGGUUGCUCAAAGAUAUCAAACCUUCGUUUUUAAUAGUGGAUAAGUUACAUAAGAAAAUUUGAAUAUAACCAUUUUUAUUGUACUAUUUAACAAUCUUAAAUUAAAUAGUAUAUAUACAAAUAAACGUGAUUUAUGUUUUGACAUAAAUUAUUAAAUUUGUAUAUUGAUAUAUAUAUGUAUUUAAUUACAAACACCUAAUUUAUCAUUUACCUAGAACUAAAAUUGAGUUUAAGUUUGUAUAUUAUACUAAAUACUAAUUUAAUAGGAAUAUGAGUGUUACUUAAGUAAAAUUUAAUCUGUAAAGAUGCUUACAAAUCUUAUUUAUUAAUCUUAUGGUGUAAGUUUUUUUGUUUGGUUAAAGGGUAGAACAUGUACUGCAAAACCAUUAAAAUGAACUGCAACUUGUAAAGAAGUGAUAUAUCUAAGGAAUCGGGUCUGAAUACAGUUUUACAAGCGUCAGAAUAUUAUGUGGCUUUUACUUGAAAUUAAAAAAAAAAAAGUAAAGAAAACAAGAAUAAGAUGACGUUGGGUAAAUGGGCUAAACACGACCAGAAGCCAAAUGGGUAAAUAAUUUAAUUUCUUAUUACCUCUAUCGAAACUUUAAUAAAUAAUAACAAAAAGAUGUUUUGGGGGAUGGAUCUAUCAUCUAUAAGCUUAUUAUAUAAGGAAGGAUAGAUGGUGAGGGUUUUCUACCUUCUUCUAUCUAAAGAAAGUCUUUACACACAAAAAGAGUCUUUGCACACCAAACAAAACAGAAAAGAAAGAACCCAAAGAAAAACUUAGAAAAUUCAGAUUAAAUGGAAGAACAUCUGAAUUCAUUACCUGUGACUCAUCUUCUUCAACACACUCUAAGAAGCUUAUGCAUACACGAGAAUUCCCAAUGGGUUUAUGCUGUUUUUUGGAGGAUCUUGCCCAGAAAUUAUCCUCCCCCCAAUAGAUGGGAUGGUCAAGGAUCUUAUGAUAGAUCAAGAGGGAACAGGAGAAACUGGAUCUUGGUUUGGGAAGAUGGGUUUUGCAACUUUGCAGCUUCUGCCGCGGAAGUUAACUCCGGUGAAUGUAGCGGCGGUGGUGACAGCUCUACGGCUUACGGAAAUAGUGAUUAUCAGCAAUAUCAAGGGCUUCAGCCUGAGUUGUUCUUCAAGAUGUCCCAUGAAAUCUACAAUUAUGGAGAAGGGUUGAUAGGAAAAGUAGCUGCAGAUCACAGUCACAAGUGGAUUUACAAAGAACCUAAUGACCAAGAGAUUAACUUCUUAUCUGCUUGGCACAAUUCUGCUGACUCAUACCCUAGGACAUGGGAAGCUCAGUUUCAAUCUGGCAUCAAGACAAUUGCCUUGAUUUCGGUUCGAGAAGGUGUUGUCCAGCUAGGAUCUGUUCACAAGGUGGUUGAAGAUUUGAGCAAUGUUGUGAUGCUAAGGAAAAAGCUGAGCUAUAUAGAAAGCAUCCCUGGAGUACUUCUUCCUCAUCCUUCUUCUUCUGGUUACCCUUUCAUCAACGCUUCUCCUUCUGACACGUGGCAUUUCCCCGGAAUAGCUCCUCCUCAGUCGCAGACUGAGCAUCACCAACAGCAUUUCUACCAUUCUGACCACAACCACCGCUUCUUGAUGAGCAACCACCACCAGCCGCAAGCGAUGAAGAUAACGCCGUCGAUGAGUAGCCUCGAGGCUCUUCUCUCGAAGCUUCCGUCUGUUGUACCUCCGGCGACGCAGCCGGGGUACUUUCCAUUUCACCACAGUGCUAAGGAAGAAAUGAGUCAAGAAGAUCCAAACGAUGCGUUUAGGUCUCAACGUAGGGACUUGGUUGGUGAGGGCAGUAAUAGUAAGAACAAUAAUCAUUACAAUAGUAAUGAUAGUUAUAACAAUAAUUGCAGCGAUAAUAAUUACGAUAGAGAGAACAAGAUCGGUGGGAUUCUUGGUCAGGAUUAUUGAGUGUAAUAAAUUUGUUUGUUCGUAUAAAUUGUACUAAGAUUUUCGUAGUCUGACAUUUUAUAAUUCUAAGAUUUUAUUACUUUUCUCUUGAUUGGCAAAAUAAAUAAAUAUUUCUCUUAUAACU